AUGCUUUUAAAAAAAAAUUUAUCACUAAAAUGGUUAUCGACCUAUUUUGGAAAAACGAAUAGAAUGGCAUUGCCUUUGAGGUUCCUAAGUAGUAAUGAUGUAAAAAAGAUAAGAUAUAAUAAAAUAAAUAAUGAUGAAUUAUGUAAAAUAGAGAAAUAUAAAUUAAAUGAACAAGUUGAAGAAGUAAAGGUUUCGAAAGAAAUAUGCUCAAAUGCAUUGUUUAAUGAAUGCUUAGAAGAAUUAUAUAAAAUGAAAAAAAAAGUAGAUAGCAAUAGUGUCGAAUAUGAUAAUUCUCCUGUUAUAGAUGAAUUAAAUAAAGAAGAAUUAAAAAUUACUCGAAAUAUAUUUGAAAGAAUAAAUAAAAAAAAAAAACAUGUAUCUAAUUUAAGUUAUAAAGAUAUAUAUAUAGAUCCAUAUUGGAAUCCAUUUAAAGAAGUAAAUGACCUUAAAAAAGAAAUAACAUACGAAUUUAAUGAAUAUUCAAAACUAGCUAAUAUAAUAGAAUUAAAAAAACAAAAACGUGCAAUUAAAAAAUCUUUAAAAGAGCAAUAUAAAUUAUAUAAUCCAUAUUCAGAUAAAUAUAAUAAUGAAUGUAAUACAAAUGAUUUUGAUAAUAAUGAUAAAAGUGAAAAAUAUUGGAAUCCAUCUUUUGAUAAAAGAAAGAUUUUAAAUAUAAAAACACCAUUUAUUUGGAGGCAUACACAUUUAUUACAUAAUUUUAUUGGGGAAAAUGGAUUAAUUUUACCACGAAAAAUAAAUUAUACUACAAGAAAACAACAAAUACAAAUUUUUAAAUCUAUUUGUAUAGCCAGAAGAAUGGCUUUAUACCCUUAUGAUAGGAAACCAGCAUUAGAUGAAUUGAUCCCUAUAAUGGAUCCUAUGCAAUUACUUGUUGACGAACUGACUCAUAGAUAUAAACAAAAUAAAGACUUAAGAGCUCAGGCUCUUCUUAAAGUUAUGAUUAAUAAAUAUCCUUUAUUAAAUUUUUAUAAAUAUUUUUGUUUCGAAGCAAACAAACAAAAACAAUCUCAACAACCUCAUGAAUAUAAUGAUAUAUUUAAAAAUGAAUUGGCAUCAUCUAAAAUGAAUAAUGAACAAGAUCAAUCACCUAUUAAAUCAGAACAAAAAAAACAAGAAAAUUUUUCAAAAAUGUUGGAAAAAUAUAAAAAAAAUUAUUACGAAAACUCAUUUAACUACUAA